AUGGCUCUCAUACGCCUCUUGCAGUGUAAACCCGACGGCGAGAUCGUCUUUCGCGAACCUACGAGCGGCAAUGUCCCUGCCUACGCAAUACUCUCUCACACAUGGGGAAAAGAGGAGGUUAUUUUUCAGGAUAUGGAAGCUGGCGCAGAUAUGAACAAGACCGUGAGCAAGGCUGGGUGGAGGAAGAUACAAUUCUGUGCGAAGCAGGCUGCGGCCGAUAGACUACAAUACUUUUGGGUUGAUACUUGUUGCAUUGAUAAGAAGAAUGCGGUCGAGCUUGGUGCGGCGAUUAAUUCCAUGUUUCGGUGGUAUCAGAACGCUGCACGCUGCUACGUCUACCUUUCGGAUGUCUCUACACUUAACACUAGAGCGGAUGACCAGAGGGCAUGGGAAGAGGCCUUUAGGAAGAGUCGGUGGUUCACUCGAGGCUGGACGCUUCAAGAGCUUAUCGCACCAAGGCUAGUUGACUUCUUUAGCUCGGAGGGUGAGCGUCUUGGGAGCAAAUUGUCACUUGAGUCCAAGAUACACGAGAUCACCGGCAUUGAGAAAAAUGCUCUCCGAGGCGAUUUAUUGUCGAAUUUUAGCAUUAAAGAGCGGAAGUCUUGGGCGGGGCACCGCAAGACUACGAUUGAAGAGGAUAUAGCGUAUUGUUUAAUCGGGAUCUUCGAGGUUUCAAUGGUGCCGAACUAUGGAGAGGGAAAGGACCACGCAUUCCGGCGGUUGGAUGAAGAAAUUCACAAAUUAUACAAAGGUGUCGGCUUUGAACAGUUUGCCGUAGAGCUCAACCUCACAUCAUUUCCUGAAACUGCACAGUUUGUUGCCAGAGAGAAGGAGCUCUCGAAAAUGCACGAGCUGCUUCAAGAUCACAGUAGUCGAUCUUGUAUCAUCCUGCAUGGCCUUGGGGGUAUUGGAAAGACUCAGCUGGCGAUCACAUAUGCUAGACGACACAAGGAGAAAUAUACGGCGAUCUUCUGGCUGAACGCGAAUGACGCAGACUCACUAAAGCUAAGCUUUCGGGACGUCGCUCAGCAAGUGCUAAGACAUCAUCCUUCCACUAGUGUGCUAUCUAGCGUAGACCAAGAUAAAGACCUCGAUCAAGUUGUUAGUGUAGUCAAGGGCUGGCUUGACUCCCCGCAGAAUGCAAGGUGGCUAAUGAUCUACGAUAACUUCGACAAUCCUAAGACAUCUGGUAAUCCCGACAACUCGGCAGUCGACAUACGCCAAUUCCUCCCUCGGUCUGAUCACGGCUCAAUCAUCAUCACGACACGGUCGUCGCAGGUUAGGCAAGGUAUACGAAUUCAUGUUCAGAAACUCCUAGAUGUUAGGGAAGGUCUUGAGAUUGUGUCUAACAUGUCAGGACGUAAGGGCAUUGAAAAGGAUUCUGAUGCUAUAGCUCUUGUUAAAGAACUCGACGGCCUACCACUUGCUCUAUCUACAGCAGGGGUAUAUCUCGAGCACGUAACGACGAGCUUUUCGGAUUAUCUUCAGCUCUAUAAGACAUCAUGGUUGAAGCUUCAGACGACAAGUCCCCUGUUGAAUUCCUAUGAAGAUCGCUCACUAUACACGACAUGGCAGAUUACCCUCGAUCGGAUCCAACAACAGAACCCGGCGUCGGCAAGCCUGCUCAAGCUAUGGGCAUAUUUUGAUCGACAAGAUAUAUGGUUCGAACUCCUUCGAUAUGCAACCUCCGCAGACGAUCGAUGGAUACAAGAGCUCACGAAAGACGAACUAAACUUUAAUAAGGCCAUUGCUCUACUAUGUAGCUUUGGGCUGGUUGAUCCAGACGGGGCUCUUAAACAGCAGUUCGGGUCUGGAGGGUAUAGCGUGCAUAGUUGUGUGCACUCUUGGACAGUAUUUGUGCUUAAUAAAGAGUGGGACGAGGGUUUUGCACAGCUAGCAUUAUAUUGCGUCGCUUCGAAGGUUCCCAUGAGAAAUGAAAUAGACUCGUGGAUGUUACAACGGCGGCUGCUUCAGCAUGCUGUCAGGCAAGAGCAGGCCAUACUUGAAAAUAAGGUGGGUAUAAAAAGAAUGGAAUGGGCUUUGCAUAGCCUAGGCAACCUCUACGCCGACCAAGGCAAGCUGGCUGAGGCUGAGGAGAUGUUAAUACUCGAUACGGUUCAUAACUUAGGCAAACUCUACGCCGACCAAGGCAAGCUGGCUGAGGCUGAGGAGAUGUACAAUCGAGCGCUACAAGGCUACGAGCACGCUAUUGGUCCUGAACUCCUACCCUCAUAUUUACCAGCGUUAAGAACUAUGUUUGCUUUUGGUGACCUCUUCUCGCGGACAGGUCGGAAAGACUUGGCAAAGGCAAUGUAUAGUCGGGCAUUGGCUGGAUACACAACCGUCCAAGGACCUUCUUCGAAAUGGUGUAGGCGGCUUGAAGAUCGACUUCAAGCAUUGCAAGUUGCGUCUGCUAGGUUAGAAGCAGCCUAG